CGUAAAGUUCUGUUUACGUCCACUCUGUGGAGUCUCCACUGCUGUGACCUGCUGCAGCUCACUCCACCAAACACUGUAGCUGCUCCAAACACUCUCCUCGGGGAUGAUAUGGAAGCAUUUUGAAAUCGCAGACAGUUCGUGCCCCCCAGAGCACAGGUCAUCAUGGAUUAUCUGUUAGUUCAGAGGCUUUUCUCCUCACACUGACUGACAGCAAGAACUGGGACAAGGGACUUUGGUGCUACUAACGUUAGCCAGCGACGCAACUUAGCCAGUCGUUUUUUUUUUUUUUUGUGUUGAAUUUCAAGCCUUAAACUGCUGCGACAGCGUUGGCGUUAGCCCCCUUCAGCUGUCGUUGGCUGGCUGCUUGUGCUAAUGUGUAGCUAUAGUUAUUGCCUCCCAGUGGUGGAAAAAGUAUUCAGAUCUUUUAACGAGUCCUGGAGUGGUUUGAGAUCGUUGAGAGAUUCUCAAGGCAGCAUGGCGCCCAAAGACAUCAUGACCAAUUCCCACGCCAAAUCCAUCCUCAACGCAAUGAACUCGCUUCGCAAGAGCAACACACUCUGUGAUAUCACUCUGAGGGUGGAGAACACAGAUUUUCCAGCUCACCGGAUCGUCUUGGCUGCCUGCAGCGACUACUUUUGUGCCAUGUUCACCAGUGAGCUUGCAGAGAAAGGAAAAUCUUUUGUGGACAUCCAGGGGCUCACUGCAGCAACCAUGGAGAUCCUGUUGGACUUUGUCUACACAGAGACGGUGUUAGUCACAGUGGAGAACGUCCAAGAACUGCUCCCUGCAGCAUGCCUGCUGCAGCUCAAAGGGGUGAAAAGAGCAUGUUGUGAUUUUUUGGAGAGUCAGCUUGAUCCUUCCAACUGUCUGGGUAUUCGUGACUUUGCCGAAACUCACAAUUGCCUUGACCUGAUGCAGGCCGCCGAGCUCUUUUCCCAGAAGCAUUUCUCCGAGGUGGUUCAGCAUGAGGAGUUCAUGCUGCUCAGCCAGACAGAAGUGGAGAAGCUCAUAAAAUGUGAUGAAAUCCAGGUGGACUCGGAGGAGCCUGUAUUUGAAGCCGUGUUAAACUGGGUCAAACACAACCGGAAAGAGCGAGAGCCCUACCUGCCAGACAUGCUCGAGUUCGUUCGAAUGCCGCUCCUGACCCCCCGCUACAUUACAGACGUCAUUGAUGCUGAGCCCCUCAUUCGGUGUAGCCUGCCAUGUCGAGACCUUGUUGAUGAAGCCAAGAAAUUCCACUUAAGACCGGAGCUGAGGAGUGAGAUGCAGGGCCCACGCACACAAGCUAGAUUAGGUGCCAAAGAAGUCCUGUUGGUUAUAGGUGGGUUUGGCAGCCAACAAUCACCAAUAGACAUAGUUGAGAAAUAUGAUCCAAAAACACAAGAAUGGAGCUUCCUUCCUAACAUUGCACGGAAAAGGCGUUAUGUCGCCACGGUUUCUCUCCACGAUCGGGUUUAUGUGAUCGGAGGCUACGACGGUCGGUCGAGGCUCAGCUCCGUGGAGUGCCUGGACUACACGGCGGACGAGGACGGCGUUUGGUACACCGUCGCCACCAUGAAUGUGCGCCGCGGCCUUGCUGGAGCCACGACGCUCGGAGACAUGAUCUAUGUCGCCGGUGGCUUUGAUGGCAGCCGGCGUCACACCAGCAUGGAGCGAUAUGACCCAAACAUCGACCAGUGGAGCAUGCUGGGAGAUAUGCAGACGGCAAGAGAGGGAGCUGGUCUGGUGGUGGCCAGCGGACUUAUAUACUGUCUAGGCGGAUACGAUGGACUAAAUAUCCUGAAUUCAGUGGAGCGUUAUGACCCACACACAGGCCACUGGACAAGUGUCACACCAAUGGCCACCAAGCGGUCAGGGGCUGGUGUUGCUUUACUCAAUGACCACAUCUACGUAGUGGGAGGCUUUGAUGGUGUGUCGCACCUCGACUCUGUUGAGGUCUACAACAUCAGAACGGACUAUUGGACCACUGUGGCCAGUAUGACCACCCCUCGAUGUUACGUAGGAGCAACCGUUCUCCGAGGACGUCUCUAUGCCAUCGCCGGAUACGACGGGAACUCUCUCCUCAGCAGUAUUGAAUGUUACGACCCGGUCAUCGACUCCUGGGAGGUUGUCACCUCGAUGGCGACACAGCGGUGCGAUGCGGGCGUCUGCGUUCUACGAGAAAAGUGAUUGUUGCCAAGAACAAGAGGAAACUCAGACGGGAAGACAGGCAGCUAGACUUUUUGCUAAAAAAAAAAAAUGCCACUAAAACAGAGCCACAAAGGGAGAUGUUUGUUUCGCCAGUGUGCAAAAAUAGAUACUCUGAAAUGAAUAAGCGCUGCAGCUUGGGGGCGGCCUCCUCCUCCCCCCUCCGCUGGAUGGUCGACCCCGUCCGACACUUGGAGUGCGCAACAGAGAUUCAGCUUCGCCGUGGUAGACUUCACCUCAAAAGAGGCCUCCAAGGAGCCCAUCACCACUUGCAUGACUCUCUUCGGUGGUACUUGUCGUUACCUGUGAGAUUAUUUUUUCAGUUUGUCUUCAAAGUGCAAUAUAUUUCUACUCAUCAUAAGAAAAAAACAUGAAAAGAUGGAGUUGAUUUAGACUCCAGUUGCUGCUAUAUGCCUUAUGACUUUGGCCUACAUCAAACAGUGAACAUCCAUGUUGCCUCCCAUUUGACUUUGAUGAUAGUUACAGUACAUCGGCUUGUUAUCGAGCGUACUCAUUUGGCAUUUGCGAGGUCAUGAAUGGGUCAGUAAUUCAAACCCCCUUUUUGUAAUUCUUCCUGUAAACAGUGCUUUUAGAUUCAAAUCACUUUAAUACGACAUGUUUAAUACUUAUUGUUGCUUUCAGAAUGAAUAUAUAUUUAGAGAUAAAUAUUGUUUUAGAAAAUUACUGAGUUGUACCAGGUUACUUUGAUUAUUUUCGUCCCUCUAUCUGGAGCAGGUGAAGAAAAUCACAAAGUAGUAAGUAUGAGGUGCAUGUGAUUUGUUUUUCUUCCUCAGCUUAUACAUUUGGACAUGUACAUGUAGGACACAAAGUCAUAACAUCACUGUUGCCUGGAAAGUGAAUAAACACACUAAGAACUGACA